AUGGCGGUCAUCAGCUUUGUUUUUAUUUUGACGUUCCUUCUGGUUUUCAACGUCUCUGAAAACGGUCGGUCCUUACAGCCUGGCGCUCUUCACCGAGACAAAAACCUACAGAUUAUGUAUGGUAACUUUAAAGCUACACUUCAUAAGCAUCUUUCCGCAACAGUAAUCGCAACUAUCCUAACUAAGGACGAAUUUCUAUGCUCGUUCAAAUGCAUCACUAAAAACGAAUGUUUCUCGUACAACUUGGCAACAUAUCCAGAUAAUGGUUUCUACAUUUGUGAAUUGCUGGACACAGACAAAUACAGAGCCAGAAAAGAACUGAAAGUGAAUUCUUCUUUUCACCAUUUCAGUCCAGUGUCAUUAUGUGAAAGCAGCCCGUGUCAAAAUGAUGGAACUUGCAUUCCCGACUUUGAACAAAACUCUCAUCAAUGUGACUGUAAAGCAGGAUUUGCAGGAGUUCACUGUGAAGCUUGCAAGUUUGACUUUGAAGAUGGCAUCAUGGGCUGGAUAAAGACAGGAACAGCAUUCGAUAAUCAGCCGACUUUUGGCGACAACCCAACGGCUCGUAACAGAGGUCAACCCUCUAAUCAUCAGGGUGAUUGGUGGAUUGGUGGAAGUGAAGAUCGGCCAACCAUAGGAACACCGGCAGGACAAGUACAAGGAGAUGGACCCCAGGGAACUCUGGUCACGCCUUCCUUUAUUAUCAUCGGUCAUCUUAUUUCUUUUUUGAUUGGCGGAGGCUGCGAUAUAAAUGUUGUUCGUGCGGAGUUAAUCGUUGACAAUCAGGUUGUGAAACAAAGCACCGGAAGAUGUAUCGAAACCUUGACUCAAGGGACAUGGCAUGUACAAGAAUUUUUGGGAAAGCGUGCUUUCGUUAAGCUGAUUGACAUCAGCUCUGGAGCCUGGGGCCACAUUAACUUUGAUGACCUUAAAGGGAAUAUAAGCUGUGGACAAGUAUAAAGCCGCGAGUUAAGAUAAAAUCUGAGAAGAGCUUAUUUACAGCUUCUUUUCAGCAGAAACACAGCCAAGACACUGGAAACCCCAUACAUAUUUCAUUGUACGGGGAAGUCCCUUUAGUUAUCACCGUAGCCACAUAUAAUCUGGCCUCCUCAGAAUAAUUUCGAAAGCAUCUUGUCAAAAUAACCAACUUGAUACCUCUUAUAUUAAUCCUUGUUUGUAUAUAUCACACAAGUUAAUGUGGCUUUUCACGCGCGCUGAUUGGCUAGUUCGGAAAUGAAUAGCAAGUACUAUUCAUCUUCACUUUGGUGAAUAAUUGAAAUUAUUAUAAUCGUUGCUUUUAUAAUUAUUACUAAGGUCUCUCAUGAAGGAUAUGU